UUAUGGAUUCGAGCGUUUUGAGCGGUGGUGGAGCUUUAGGGGACCUUAAGUUUCCCGUGAUUGCUAAGCCGUUGGAUGCUGAUGGGAGUGCCAAGUCUCACAAGAUGUUUUUGAUUUAUGAUCAAGAAGGGAUGAAGAUUUUGAAAGCUCCUAUUGUGUUGCAGGAGUUUGUGAACCAUGGUGGUGUGAUCUUUAAAGUCUAUGUGGUUGGAGAUCAUGUGAAAUGUGUAAAGAGAAGAUCUUUACCUGACAUCUCUGAAGAGAAGAUUGGGACAUCGAAAGGGUCUCUUCCGUUUUCGCAGAUAUCGAAUCUGACUGCUCAAGAAGACAAGAACAUAGAGUAUGGUGAGGAUAGGAGCUUAGAGAAAGUGGAGAUGCCUCCGUUGAGUUUCUUGACUGAUCUAGCAAAGGCUAUGAGGGAAUCAAUGGGUCUCAGUCUCUUUAACUUCGACGUGAUUAGGGAUGCGAAAGAUGCUAAUAGGUACCUUAUUAUUGAUAUUAACUACUUUCCUGGAUAUGCUAAGAUGCCUUCUUACGAGCCUGUGUUGACGGAGUUCUUCUGGGACAUGGUCACAAAGAAGAAGAAGAAUCAUGUCUGAGAAAAGGUCUGCCAAAAGUUUAAUAGCAGGAACAUUUGUUGCAACUGCCCAUUACAAGCAUCUCAAUUGGUUCUUCUGGCCUGUCGUGACUAGCUGCUCUGCUAAUUUUCAUUUGGAUUCUUGAACUUGUGGUUUUUUUUUUUUUUAAUAUAUUUUUUUAGUUGUUUCUCUCUUUCGUUUACUUCCAAGUUUUGCAAGGCCUUGUUCAAAUGCAUAACUGUUGCUACUCUUGAAAUGCAUUGGAUCUCUAAAUUCUUGGUCAUUUGCUCUGUUCUUACCUAUUGGUAAUACUAGUAGUGUAGCUUGUGACU